GUCGUUACCACUAUCACACAUACGUGGUGCAUACGGUUCUGCGGCAUCCUGCGAUCGUCAGUAGACGAUGACCACUCGGCGACGACGCAUCGUUCCUCGAUCGUAUACCUAAAUCGCUCUCCCUAACGCUAGACGAACAUGUGGAGCCGCGGGAUCAUUCUGAUCCUGGUGAUCGCCGCGCCCUGGGCGACCUGCGACUGGCAUGCGGACGCGGGUCCAUGGUUUGAAGCCACAAAGGGCGAAGUUUGGCCAUUGCCAAAUUCGCGUGUGGUGAAAGAAGACUUCUAUCUAUUGCGACCGUCCAACUUCGAUAUUCGAGUAAAUGGCGAGACAUGCGAUAUAGUAAGCGAGGCGAUAGAACGGUACAUGAGAAUCAUUUUGACGGAAGCAAGGAUAGCGAGGUUAGUCACGGAAGGGCAGCCAAGAACAUCCGUUCGGGAUGAUCCCCACUUUAAAGGCACUCUUGAAGCCCUAAACAUCCGCCUUUUGCAACCUUGCGAACAGAAUGGCGAUCAUUGGCCACACUUGUAUAUGAAUGAAUCUUAUAAACUCGAGAUAAAUGAAACAUCAUCAAUCGCCGUUCUCCGGGCCGAAGCCGUCUGGGGAAUCCUUCGAGGCCUCGAGACCUUCUCUCAGAUAUUGGCACCAUCCGGCGACGGCCCGAGCUUGAAAGUAAAAUGCCAGACCAUCGUGGAUGAACCGAAACUGCCGCAUCGCGGUCUCAUGCUGGAUACCUCUCGCCAUUAUCAACCCCUGUCUGACAUCCUGCUAACACUGGAUGCAAUGUCGUACAACAAGCUGAACGUUCUUCAUUGGCACAUCGUCGAUGAUAAUAGCUUCCCAUAUCAAAGCACCAGGUAUCCCGAUCUGUCUGCUAAAGGCGCUUACCAUCAUUCGAUGGUCUAUACACCUAAUGACGUGCAAAAGGUCGUCGAUUACGCGAGAUUACGGGGGAUUCGAGUGAUGCCCGAGUUCGAUACACCUGGACACACUAGGUCGUGGGGUUUGGCCCAUCCGGAAUUACUAACCGUGUGUUACGAUUCUUCUGGGAAGCCAAACGGUAAAUUAGGUCCAAUGAACCCAACUAAUUCGGCGCUGUACAACUUUGUACAAGAUUUGUUCUCCGAGAUCGUGCAAGUGUUCCCGGAUCAAUAUCUCCACCUGGGUGGCGACGAAGUACCCUUCGAUUGCUGGGGCAGCAAUCCGGAAAUUGGCGAGUACAUGAAGCGACACAAUAUGUCCAAGAGAUACGAGCUGCUCGAAAACCAAUACAUAGCCAACGUACUUGCGAUCAGUAGAGGCCUCGACGCCAACACUAUUGUGUGGCAAGAAGUUUUCGAUAAUGGCGUCGUCCUACCUACAACUACCGUAGUGCAUGUUUGGAAACUACCGAGUUGGCAAAAGGAGCUCGAGAGAGCGACGUUGGCAGGACAUCCGGUCUUGCUAUCGUCUUGCUGGUAUCUGGACCAUCUCGCCAGCGGCGGUGAUUGGGAGAAAUAUUACAAUUGCAAUCCCUUCGACUUCGCCAAUGCGGCCAAUGCCACUCAUCUAAUGCUCGGCGGUGAAGCCUGCAUGUGGGCAGAGUUUGUCGACAAAAAUAACUUGCACUCGAGGAUCUGGCCACGUGCGAGCGCGGCAGCCGAACGUUUGUGGAGUUUUAACAAGCAAGAAAACAGCGUUGCUGCUAAACGUCUGGAAGAGCACGCCUGUCGUAUGAAUAGACGAGGUAUUCCUGCCCAGCCGCCGAAUGGACCAGGAUUCUGUUUAUCUGCCACCCUGUUCAACCUGCCCCAUGUCCUAUCCACCGAAAAUGGAAGUGACAUAUUUGCCACCCCCACCACCCCCUUUGCCACCUUGCUUUUACGUUUGCAAGACAGAUUGCGUCCCCUGCAUGCCACCUUGAAAGUCUCUGCCGAGAAAGAUUCUGAGUACAAAGAGUCACCUGCACAUCCGAGUGUGGCAAAUUUGCCAGAGACCAAUACGAACCAUCAGGAACAUUCGCAAUCUACAAAAUCGCCGUCUACACAGAACUUGGACAAAUCGCAUUCGUUAAAUAAUUUGCCGAAGUCAGAAAACGAUCAAAAAAGAAUGCUGCCGAAUGAGAUGCAACCAAAAACCAGAUUCAAUUCUCGAGACAGAUCGAAAAAAGCAUAUUCCACUUCCUCACCACGACUCAAAAGUUUUCCUGCCGAAAAAAUAAAAAAACUGGACAACCAGCCAAUGUUCUCGCUUGAAACAAACGAUGCUUUAAUUGCACAAGAGCCUCGGGAAACUUAUUUCGCGAACUCUUCCAGCAGAAGUAAUAAUGGUCAGGGCGAUGCAUUACCUGCUAAAUUAUCGUCACAUCAACAAUCAAAAGUAAAGGAUACAUCCGACACGGAGCAGCAACAGGUUAUAGCUAGCCAACAUCAGAUCUGUCAAACAAAUCCACACUCUGAAAACAUGCUCAUUCAACCCAUUACAUCUCCCAAACAUCCUUUCGUAUUAAACAUGCUCCAAGAAACAAUCGCCUGUGAUCGAUCACUUCGAAACCCAUCCGCGAUGAUUAAUCAACCAGUAAUCAUUCAAACUCCUUCGACGCAAGUCGCAAUGUCGCAAGCGCAACAAUCUUCGAACAAUUCGCGUGCAAUUAUCGAUCAAAAUCGCAAUGAAACUUCUCUGGUUAAUGGAUAUGAAAGGCAAUCGAUCGGUGGCCGAAACGCGAUUAAUGAUAAACAAAUUUUCAUACAACCGAAGCAGGCAGCGAUCGUACAGGACGCAAAUGCACGAUUCAGUGAUCGAUGUGCCAAUAACUGUCGAAAUGUCUAUCAUGCUCAGUUGCAUAAUACAUUUCAGCAAAAUCCUCAACAGAUCAAUGAACAAACGCAGCACAACGCGUACCACCAAAUAUUGCCGCAAGCGUUCAAUCAAAUGCAACCACUAAUGCUCGAUCAGCGACAACAUCUACGUAAUAAUUCAGAACCAUUUUAUGGUCAUUACAAUCAACAAUUAUCUGCAACGCAAGUUUCUGGACAUGGAAUGACUUCACCGCAAGACAUGACAAUGAGUCAAAUGAGAUUGCUACAACAUAAUUUGCCUAUCCACAAUCAGAAUCUUGGAUAUCCUGUCAAUUUUCAACCGACAUGGUCGCAAAAUAAUCGAUGGAUCCAAUCGGCAAAUCAGCAACAUCUGCAUCAACAAUUUCCGCAACAGUGGCAAUAUUAUCAUCAAGAUACUAAUUUUAAUCAGAAAGAUUCUAGAAGCCAAGGUCAAUUUAAUCCAUCACAAAAUCAUAAAUCUAAUCAUCGGCAAUCGGAAAUUUGCAAUCAACAAAAUGAUGGAAAAAGGAAACUGCAAUUCACACCUGACAUGAUACGCGAUCAGGAAUUAUUAGUUUCCACCAUGAGACAACAAGGUAUACCUGAAGAGGUCAUGCGCCGUCAAUUUGCAGCAUUGCUAAAUGAGCAGCAAAAGCAUUUGAUUUAUCUCACACAAUUUCAACAGCAAGAAGAUAUUCCAGAUGUUAAAAAAAUUCGACUUACGCAAAGAAGAAUAGAAAAAGAAGAAAAGCCGGAAUGGAUGAUGCAUAUUACGCCGCCGCGAAUAUCCUAUAACGAAAUUGAAAGACUAAAGGCACAACAGAGAGAUCAGAAGAAACAAUAUUUAACAAACAAUCAAUUGCCGGAAGAAGUUAAUAGAACAAUGUCUGCUCGACAACACGAUUAUUAUCGACAGAAAAAACAAGAAAUAAAUGAUCAAGCUAUUUUGCCUCAACAGAUGUACGUUCAGAUGAACCCUCACCAAUUAUGGCAGCAACAGAUGAUUAACUGGCCAUAUAAUAAUAAUCACCAAAUUCCAUGUGGUUAUGCAACAUGUAAUCCUUAUAGUCAUCAGCAAAAUAUGUUAAAUAAUACAUAUUAUCAGGUAAACUCAACUUUUAACAAAUGCAUGCCAUAUAACAUUCGUUAUAAUCCAUAUUAUUUGCAUCCUGAGCAACAGAAAAUUUGGCACAACGAACAUAAUUCAAAUUCAUCGAAUUUGAGUGACAAUCAGAUAAUGUCAAUGAAUACUGCACGUUUCGAGCAGAAUAAAAGAUCCAUCGAACCUUCUAGUUUGUUAAAAAUGCGGAUGUACAAAGAAGUGAUUCGUCCUCAGAAGCUCAAUAAUGGCUUGCAGGAUCCAAACAAUAUACAGAAAGUGCUGGAAACAUUGAAAAAUCCGUCGAGUAGAAAAGGCCUCGAAUAUCUAGCUAAUAUAACCAAGAAGAAACCCACCAUCAGACUAAAUGGUGUUCAAAAUUCUAAUGAAAUCCCGGAAGAUAUGCGCUCGCGACCACCUGUAGAAACGUCCCCGCAGCCUCAGAAAGAGAUCUCGGCAAACGGUUUGGAGAACAAAAGAAAUCCUAAUAAUCCUGUACCAUGUAUCCUGCGACCUAAGACAAUAAACGAGCCCGCGAUGAUGGAAUAUCCGCGACAGAGACAGAACGCGAGAAUUUACAGCAUGCAAGCCGAAAAGGAAAACGGCGCGGUAGCAAUCAAUGGCGAUCAACAGCAAUGGAAUCCGCGAGAUCACGCAGUUUCCUGCACGCAAGACGCGAGAUCGAUUAUUCCUUACGAUCGACAGAAUGUACCUGCAGCGCAAGGACAUAACGAUGACAACAUCAUGACCUUCCAAUACGCGAAUGUUCCACUUCAACAUUAUCACCAGACGCAGCAAUACUAUCUAAACGGUAAGAAUUUGGCCGGUCACAAUGGCGGCCAGGGCGAUGUUGCGAGUAUGCGACGACCGGAUGCACCGGGUGCGAUAAGGAUCGAUCGUCCCGGCGGUGACACUGGUGAGAAACCGAACGCCGAAGGAGCGAAACGCGUGGAUGUGCAAGCGAUGCAGGGGACGAACGUUUACGGACAACCGGAAAUCCGCGAGACAAGGACCAUUGGAGGUAUCACGUACCUCCUCGCCAGGAAGCCUGAAUGUGCCCCCAACAAUCUCGUCAUUUCGCCCGAUAAAUUAAUUGCGAGCAGACACUUGCAACCCCCAAAGAUAUUUUAA